AUGAGACACGUUCUGGGAAAUGGGGGUGUGGAGGAGGGGAAUGGGGGUGUGGAGGAGGGGAAUGGGGGUGUGGAGGAGGGAAAUGGGGGUGUGGAGGAGGGUAAUGGGGGUGUGGAGGAGGGGAAUGGGGGUGUGGAGGAGGGAAAUGGGGGUGUGGAGGAGGGAAAUGGGGGGUGUGGAGGAGGGAAAUUGGGGUGUGGAGGAGGGGAAUGGGGUGCUGCUGCGGCUGCUGCUGCUGCUGCUGGCGCUGCUGCUGCUGGCGCUGCUGCUGCUGGUGCUGCUGGUGCUGGUGCCGGUGCUGCUGGUGCUGCUGGUGCUGCUGCUGGUGCUUCUGGUGCUGGUGCCGGUGCUGCUGCUGCUGCUGCUGCUGCUGCUGCUGCUGCUGCUGCUGCUGCUGCUGCUGCUGCUGCUGCUGCUGCUGCUGCUGCUGCUGCUGCUGCUGCUGCUGCUGCUGCUGCUGCUGCUGCUGCUGCUGCUGCUGCUGCUGCUGCUGCUGCUGCUGCUGCUGCUGCUGCUGCUGCUGCUGCUGCUGAUGGCAGUGCUGGGGAUGCGGCCGCUGAUAGUGCCAGGGACAAGGAGGAGAGGCUGGAGUGGCAGGAAGGAAGGAGAACAGGGGAAGCUGUGACCACGACAGACCCGGCUGUACCUCUUGCUGCUGUCGCUGCUGUACCUCUCUUCCCUCUCUUCCCACUCUUCCCACUCCCUCCCCCUCACUCCGCCGCCUCACUUUCCCCCCUUCACACUCCCGCCCCACUCCCCUCCCCUCUCUCCCUCGCCCCACUCCUCCUCCCCUCUCAACUCCCCGCCCCGCAAAAUCUCCAUCCUCUUCUUCCUUCAUCUCCCCUCCACCUUCUCUCAUCCCUCUACCUCCUCCCCUCCGCCCUCCCCCAUACCUCCGCCCUCCCCCAUGCCUCCGCCCUCCCCCAUGCCUCCACCCCCCCUCAUGCUUCCACCCUUUCCCAUGCUUCCGCCUCUGUGCAUGGCUCCGCCCUUUUCCUUAGCUGCUCUCAUCUCUUCAUCCUUCUCACUCUCUUCCACGUCCGCACUCUCCCUCCCUGCACCACUCUCCCUCCCUGCACCACUCUCCCUCCCUGCACCACUCUCCCUCCCUCCACCACUCUCCCUCCCUCCACCACUCUCCCUCCUCCCACCACGCUCACCACUCCCACACCCCCCACCAAUCUCGCACCUCCCACUACUCUCACUCCUCCCAAUCCUCUCACUCCUCCCACUACUCUCACUCUUCCCACUACUCUCACUCCUCCCACUACUCUCACUCCUCCCACAAUCCUCACUCCCAUCAAGUGGAUCCCUCACCUGGCGUAUUCUCGCUCCAUGAGGCACUUCUGUCCGUACUUGUGCCAGUGGUACCCAUCGUCCGGUGCGCUCAGCCGCGGUGCCGACGCUGCCACUGGGGGUAGGCUGCCCGCGCUGCCUGCAGCACCAGGAGGAGCGGCGGCAGCAGCAGCACCGGCAGAAGCAGAAGCAGCAGCAGCAGCACCGGCAGAAGCAGAAGCAGCAGCAGCAGCAGCAGCAGCAGCAGCAGCAGCAGCAGCAGCAGCAGCAGCACCGGCGGCCGCCGCAGCGGCAGGACUUACACCGGCGGCAGGCACGCCGGCGCUCUCUCUGCAAGACAUGGCCCUCCCUCCCUCCCCACCCUUCCCUCCCUCCCUUCCUGUCUCCUCCUUCAAGCCCUACCUGGCAACAACUGCAUCGAUUCCCAUCCCUGCUGUCAUCGCCGGUGCCAGUGAGGGAUCACCUCCUAACGCCCUCCCUCUCCCUCCCUCCCUCCCUCCCUCCCUCCCUCCCUCCCUCCCUCCCUCCCUCCCUCCCUCCCUCCCUCCCUCCCUCCCUCCCUCCCUCCCUCCCUCCCUCCCUCCCUCCCUCCCUCCCUCCCUCCCUCCCUCCCUCCCUCCCUCCCUCCCUCCCUCCCUCCCUCCCUCCCUCCCUCCCUCCCUCCCUCCCUCCCUCCCUCCCUCCCUCCCUCCCUCCCUCCCUCCCUCCCUCCCUCCCUCCCUCCCUCCCUCCCUCCCUCCCUCCCUCCCUCCCUCCCUCCCUCCCUCCCUCCCUCCCUCCCUCCCGCCCUUCCUGUCUCCUCCUUCAAACCCAACUGCAUCGAUUCCCAUCCCUGCUGCCAUCGCCGCCAUUGAAGGAGCACCUCCCAAUGCCCAUGCUCGCCAGGCAACCCUCCUUUCCUUUCGUCCCUACCAACCCUCCCUCUCUUUCUUCAAGCCCUACCUGGCAGCAACUGCAUCGAUUCCCAUCCCUGCUGCCAUCGCCGCCAUUGAAGGAGCACCUCCCAAUGCCCAUGCUCGCCAGGCAACCCUCCUUUCCUUUCGUCCCUACCAUCCCUCCCUCUCUUUCUUCAAGCCCUACCUGGCAGCAACUGCAUCGAUUCCCAUCCCUGCUGCCAUCGCCGCCAUUGAAGGAGCACCUCCCAAUGCCCAUGCUCGCCAGGCAACCCUCCUUUCCUUUCGUCCCUACCAUCCCUCCCUCUCUUUCUUCAAGCCCUACCUGGCAGCAACUGCAUCGAUUCCCAUCCCUGCUGCCAUCGCCGCCAUUGAAGGAGCACCUCCCAAUGCCCAUGCUCGCCAGGCAACCCUCCUUUCCUUUCGUCCCUACCAUCCCUCCCUCUCUUUCUUCAAGCCCUACCUGGCAGCAACUGCAUCGAUUCCCAUCCCUGCUGCCAUCGCCGCCAUUGAAGGAGCACCUCCCAAUGCCCAUGCUCGCCAGGCAACCCUCCUUUCCUUUCGUCCCUACCAUCCCUCCCUCUCUUUCUUCAAGCCCUACCUGGCAGCAACUGCAUCGAUUCCCAUCCCUGCUGCCAUCGCCGCCAUUGAAGGAGCACCUCCCAAUGCCCAUGCUCGCCAGGCAACCCUCCUUUCCUUUCGUCCCUACCAUCCCUCCCUCUCUUUCUUCAAGCCCUACCUGGCAGCAACUGCAUCGAUUCCCAUCCCUGCUGCCAUCGCCGCCAUUGAAGGAGCACCUCCCAAUGCCCAUGCUCGCCAGGCAACCCUCCUUUCCUUUCGUCCCUACCAUCCCUCCCUCUCUUUCUUCAAGCCCUACCUGGCAGCAACUGCAUCGAUUCCCAUCCCUGCUGCCAUCGCCGCCAUUGAAGGAGCACCUCCCAAUGCCCAUGCUCGCCAGGCAACCCUCCUUUCCUUUCGUCCCUACCAUCCCUCCCUCUCUUUCUUCAAGCCCUACCUGGCAGCAACUGCAUCGAUUCCCAUCCCUGCUGCCAUCGCCGCCAUUGAAGGAGCACCUCCCAAUGCCCAUGCUCGCCAGGCAACCCUCCUUUCCUUUCGUCCCUACCAUCCCUCCCUCUCUUUCUUCAAGCCCUACCUGGCAGCAACUGCAUCGAUUCCCAUCCCUGCUGCCAUCGCCGCCAUUGAAGGAGCACCUCCCAAUGCCCAUGCUCGCCAGGCAACCCUCCUUUCCUUUCGUCCCUACCAUCCCUCCCUCUCUUUCUUCAAGCCCUACCUGGCAGCAACUGCAUCGAUUCCCAUCCCUGCUGCCAUCGCCGGUGCCAGUGAGGGAUCACCUCCUAACGCCCUCCCUCCCCUCCCUCCCUCCCCUCCCUCCUCCCCUCCCUCCCUCCCCUCCCUCCUCCCUCCCCUCCCUCCCUCCCUCCCUCCCUCCCUCCCUCCCUCCCUCCCUCCCUCCCUCCCUCCCUCCCUCCCUCCCUCCCUCCCUCCCUCCCUCCCUCCCUCCCUCCCUCCCUCCCUCCCUCCCUCCCUCCCUCCCUCCCUCCCUCCCUCCCUCCCUCCCUCCCUCCCUCCCUCCCUCCCUCCCUCCCUCCCUCCCUCCCUCCCUCCCUCCCUCCCUCCCUCCCUCCCUCCCUCCCUUCAACCCCUACCUGGGAACAACUGCAUCGAUCCCCAUCCCUGCUGUCAUCCCCGGCGCCAGUGA